AUGCAUUCCAGUUUCCACUACAAUACAAUCAACAUGUAUUUUCUUUCUCAUCUCUUACCACUAUUAGUUGCUUGGUUUUUAGCCCUUUUUGUUGCUCGCAAAUACAAAAGUAGAAACAUAACAAGUGCAGCAAUUGGUGCACCUAAAGCUCCAGGUGCAUGGCCUUUUAUAGGUCACCUUCAUCUUCUUAACGGCCAUCUUCCCGUUUGUCGAACCCUAGGACUCAUGGCUGAUAAAUAUGGACCUAUUUUUCAAUUACAACUUGGUGACCAUCCAGCUAUUGUGGUCAGUAAUUGGGAAAUGGUUAAAGAUUGCUUCACAGCUAACAAUGACAAAAUAUUUGCUAGUAGACCAAAUAUGGCAGUAAGCAAGUAUUUAGGGUAUAAUGGAGCCGUUUUCGCUAUGGCCCCUUACGGACCAUACUGGCGUGAUAUACGUAAAAUGGUAACUCUUGAACUCUUAACUAACAGUCGCCUUGAGAAUCUAAAACAUGUCCGUACAUCAGAAGUGAGUUGUUGUAUUAAAGAAUUGUACUCAAAUUGUCCAGGACAAGUGAAUUUAAGUAGUUGGUUUGAGAACAUAACCUGUAAUAUAAUCAUUAGAAUGCUUGCUGGGAAGCGAUUUACUGGAUGCGCGGAGGAGAUGAAUUUCAAAGAAUCUAUAAAGAAAGCGUUGUACCUAGGUGGAGCUUUUGUUUUUUCAGAUGCAAUUCCAUGGCUUGAAUGGAUGGAUAUUGGUGGGCAUAUUAAAGCAAUGAAAGAGACUUAUAAAGAAGUUGAUAGUAUGUUUGAUAGCUGGUUAAAACAACAUAUCAAUUCUAUUAGAGAUGGAGAACAAUCUGAUUUUAUUGAUAUCAUGCUUUCCACCCUUCCAGAGGAAACCAAUAUGGAGUCUGCUGCAUACAAUCGUGAUGCCAUUAUCAAGGCAACAACUUUGAUACUUAUCAUGACAGCAUCAGAGAGCACUGCAGAGACAUUAAUAUGGGCAUUAUCUUUGCUAAUGAAUAACAUUGACUCAUUGAAACUAGCCCAGAAUGAGCUAGAUGAGCAAAUAGGAAGAAAUAAAUGGGUUGAAGAGUCAGACAUCAAAAAGCUUCCCUAUUUGCAAGCUAUAGUAAAAGAAACCUUACGUCUCUACCCACCUGGUCCUUUGGCAGGGCCUCGAGAGGCCAUCGAAGAUUGUUACAUCGGUAAGUAUCAUAUUAAAAAAGGCACUCGCUUGAUUGUUAAUCUAUGGAAGCUUCAACGAGACUCGAGAAUCUGGGAAGAUCCGAAUGAGUUUAAACCAGAGAGGUGGUUUUUGAACCAACAUACAAAUAUUAAUUUUAGAGGACAACAUUUUGAGUAUAUUCCUUUUAGCUCUGGAAGAAGAAUGUGCCCUGGUUUGACGUUUGCAACCCAAGUAGUGCAUCUUACGCUAGCAAAAUUACUUCAUGGAUUCAAUAUUUCAAUGCCAAAGGACGAACCAGUAGAUCUAACUGAGGGCUUAGGCAUUGCCUUGCCUAAAGUCAAGCCUCUUCAACCACUUCUUUCUCCCAGAUUGGCUGUGGAACUCUACCAAACUCUUUGAACAAAAAAAAUUAACUAAAAAUAUGCA